GCCUUCCUGUUAGUCCGAGCAGGGAGAAGUUCACUCCGAUCAGCUGAUCCUAACUGACAACAGGAGAGGAGGAAGCCCGGGAGGCAGCGAAGGAGGAGGGGGCGGAGAUGGAGAUGAGGAUGGAUCCACCGGUGCCCUGAGGAACAGCCCCCGCCCCCACCGGCGCCCCGUGGUCCCCCGACGUCGCCUCGCCGCAGCAGAGUUGCUUCGUGGUAUCCCCUGAAAUAUUGACUUGAGGUUGGAUAAUAUUGAAAAGCUCCUGACCACUCUCUUUCAUUACCAAAACCUUGUGGCUGAGAUCCCACUCAUGAGCCCACCUCAGUGAACCCAUCAGAUCUUUCUCAGAUAGCCAUAAAAGACCCAUUCAAGUUAAUUUUGACCACAGAUUUGCCUGCACUUUAUGGAGGAUGAAACUGUCAUACCAAAUCAACGUUGCUGCUGAUUCAGGAGUCUUAGAGGCAGAAAAUUAAGUAUUCAAAUAUUUGUGAGUGUGUGAAGAAUUCUAAUAGGACAUCGACCGUUUUUAAAAAGAAAAAAAAUUUUUUUAGGGUGUUGAGAACCCUGUGGAAGUUGUGCUCAGUCUUCAGACUCAACGCCUUUGUCUUCACUUCUGGGGAAAGCCCAGAUACCGUUAUAUGGUAGGUGAUUUCCUUCCCUGUCUCAAUAUGAGUGCCCAGACUUCCCCAGCAGAGAAGGGCCUGAACCCGGGGCUGCUGUGUCAGGAAAGUUACACCUGCAGCGGGACUGAUGAAGCUGUCUUCGAGUGUGACGAGUGCUGUAGUCUGCAGUGUCUCCGUUGCGAGGAGGAGCUCCAUAGGCAGGAGCGCCUUAGAAACCACGAGCGGAUCAGACUCAAAGCUGGCCACGUCCCUUACUGUGAUCCCUGCAAGGGCCCCAAUGGGCAUUCUCCAGGUAUGAAGCAGAGGGCAGUCGUGAGGUGCCAGACCUGUAAAAUCAACUUGUGCCUGGAGUGCCAGAAGAGGACUCAUUCUGGGGGUAACAAAAGGAGGCACCCUGUCACCGUGUACCACGUCGCUAAGGUCCAGGAGUUGCUGGAGGAAGAAGGGAUGGAUGAGGAGACCAAGAGGAAGAAGAUGACUGAGAAGGUUGUGAGUUUCCUCCUAGUAGAUGAAAAUGAAGAAAUUCAGGUGACGAAUGAAGAGGACUUUAUCAGGAAAUUGGACUGCAAACCUGAUCAGCAUCUGAAAGUGGUUUCCAUUUUUGGAAAUACUGGGGAUGGGAAGUCUCAUACCCUCAACCACACUUUCUUUUAUGGCCGGGAAGUCUUCAAAACCUCCCCUGCCCAGGAGUCCUGCACUGUGGGAGUGUGGGCAGCUUAUGACCCAGUCCACAGAGUAGCAGUGAUAGACACAGAAGGUCUCUUGGGGGCCACAGUGAAUCUAAGCCAGAGAACACGGCUGCUGCUUAAGGUCCUGGCCAUCUCAGACCUCGUCAUCUAUCGAACUCAUGCAGACCGACUGCACAAUGACCUCUUCAAGUUCCUUGGGGACGCCUCAGAAGCUUAUCUGAAGCACUUCACCAAGGAGCUCAAGGCUACCACUGCCCGCUGUGGCCUGGAUGUCCCCCUGUCCACCCUGGGCCCUGCUGUUAUCAUUUUCCACGAGACUGUGCACACCCAGCUGCUGGGCUCUGAUCACCCUUCUGAGGUGCCUGAGAAGCUUAUCCAGGACCGGUUCCGGAAACUGGGCCGCUUCCCUGAAGCCUUCAGUUCUAUUCACUACAAGGGAACGAGGACGUACAACCCUCCCACGGACUUUUCUGGUCUUCGACGUGCUUUGGAGCAGCAACUGGAGAACAACACCACCCGUUCUCCCCGGCACCCGGGGGUCAUCUUCAAAGCCCUGAAGGCCCUGAGUGACCGCUUCAGCGGUGAGAUCCCUGAUGACCAGAUGGCGCACAGCUCUUUCUUUCCAGAUGAGUACUUCACCUGCUCUGCCCUGUGCCUCAGCUGCGGGGCUGGAUGUAAGAACAGUAUGAAUCAUGGGAAAGAAGGAGUACCUCAUGAAGCCAGCAGCCGCUGCAGAUACUCCCACCAGUACGACAACCGGGUUUUUACCUGCAAGGCCUGUUACGAGAGAGGUAAUGAAGUCAGCGUGGUGCCCAAGACGGCUGCUUCCACCGACUCCCCCUGGAUGGGUCUCGCAAAAUAUGCCUGGUCUGGGUAUGUAAUUGAAUGUCCCACCUGUGGCGUGGUCUAUCGUAGCCGGCAGUACUGGUUUGGGAACCAAGAUCCUGUGGAUACGGUGGUGCGGACAGAGAUUGUGCAUGUGUGGCCUGGAACUGAUGGAUUUCUGAAGGACAACAACAAUGCUGCCCAGCGCCUGUUGGAUGGGAUGAACUUCAUGGCUCAGUCGGUGUCUGAGCUUAGCCUCGGGCCCACCAAGGCUGUGACGUCCUGGCUGACAGACCAGAUCGCCCCCGCCUACUGGAGGCCCAACUCCCAGAUCCUGAGCUGCAACAAGUGCGCUACAUCCUUCAAAGAUAACGACACCAAGCAUCACUGCCGGGCCUGUGGCGAGGGCUUCUGUGACAGCUGUUCAUCCAAGACCCGGCCAGUGCCCGAGCGGGGCUGGGGCCCUGCGCCCGUGCGGGUGUGUGACAACUGCUAUGAAGCCAGGAAUUCCCAGUUAGAUGUUGCUGAGGCACAGGCGGACGAUGAAGGCGGGACGCUGAUUGCUCGGAAGGUGGGCGAGGCCGUGCAGAACACUUUGGGAGCCGUGGUGACAGCCAUUGACAUACCACUAGGUCUGGUGAAGGAUGCGGCCAGGCCGGCGUACUGGGUACCGGACCAUGAGAUCCUGCACUGCCACAACUGCCGGAAGGAGUUCAGCGUCAAGCUUUCCAAGCACCACUGCCGGGCCUGCGGACAGGGCUUCUGUGACGAGUGUUCCCAUGACCGCCGGGCUGUCCCCUCUCGAGGCUGGGACCAUCCUGUCCGAGUCUGCUUUAACUGCAAUAAAAAGCCUGGUGACCUUUAACCCCA